AUGUUGUGCUCUACCAUCUCAGCAAACCCGUUGAAGCUCGACGUGCGCAGUCACUGGAAAUGCCUCAUCAUCUGUUCCAUCGCUACCAUCUCGACCUUUCAGUAUGGUCUGGACUAUGCACUUGUGGGCGGCUUUAUAUCGAUGCCUGGGUUUCUCCAAGUAUAUGGCUACUACGACGAUGAGCUGAAGGAGUGGGACAUCGAUCAUAAGCCGACCGUCCAGCAACUCAUUUCAUCCUUAGUCACGAUAGGGACAUUCGUGUCUUCUUUGCUGGUCGGACCGUUCGGCAACAGGUUCGGGCGGAAGACCGGACUCUGGAUUGCGUCCGUGCUGAACUUCGUUGCCACUGCUAUCAUGCUCGGUACGACGAGCGUCGGAGCGCUAUACUUUGCACGCCUCUUGCUAGGGUUCUCUGUUGGCUGGUUCUUGACUUUCAGCCAGCUAUACGUUCACGAGGCCGCUCCGGCACAUCUGCGUGGAAUCACGUUCGCUGUCUACCAGAUCCAGCUGUCUGUUGGAUCCAUUGUCGGUGCGGCGACUGAUUACGGCACCCACACCAUCAACGGUAGGCGAGCGUACCAGAUUCCACUCGCCAUUUUCUUCGCUGCUCCGACAAUCCAAGCCAUGGCGCUGUUCUUCUUUCCAGAGACGCCUCGUUGGCACAUGGUCCAGGGUAAAGAGGACAAAGCCGAGGUGGCUCUACUACAGCUCCGGAACCCCAACAUCGAUGAGUUAGAAUUCCAAGCAGAGCUGAACGAGAUCCGAGGCUCGACCCGAGAGCAACUGGAGCAGAACAAGAAGGCUCUAUUCCUCGAGAUGUGGCGAGGCACCAAUCUCAGACGUACUCUUCUAUCGAUAGGCGUAAUAUGUUUCCACUGUGCAAGUGGCUCCUCCUGGGUGAACACAUACACAACGUACUUUCUUUCGAUCGCCGGGGUGAAGGAGCCACUCGCAUUAUCUGUCAUGAUGACAUGUAUGGGCCUGAUCGGUGUUCUCUGCAGCGUAGCAUUCGUCCGCCUCUUUGAUCGACGCACGAUAAUGCUGGCAGGCGUGCUAGCUUGCGCGUUCGCACAGCUUGCACCAGCCAUCGCUUGGUCGGUUGCUCCGGGUUCGACAGCAGCUGGGAAGGUGGUGGUAGCCUUCAUCGCGAUCUUCACCUUCUCGUAUACCGCAUACGCGCCCUAUGCCUGGCUGCUCGGAGGUGAAUAUCCGAAUAACCAGCUCCGAGGGUACUGCUUCGGCCUGGCCGCAGCCGUGAACUUCCUAGGAAACUGGCUUGGCACCUUCACCGCGCCGUACUUCAUCAAUCCCGCGAGUCUCGGGUGGGGUCCCAAGUAG